GUUGGCCAGAGAUCGGAAAAAAUCUAAAAUGUGUGAUUUGUACGAUAAAGUUGAAUGUCUUACUCGAGAAAAACAAAUCCUUUUGAACACAAAUGAAGAGUUGAUUGCAAGACAUGAAGCUUUGGAAAUAGAGAACAGAGAACUAAAGGAAAGGUUAUCAGAGAUGAGCCAACAGUGCGUCAAAUCUGUAGAGGAAAGCGAUUGUAACGUUGAGUCCGCAGAACUCAUUAAUGUUUCUCAGCCGCAGAAACUCGCGACGAUUGCCACCAAAACAGAUCUGAAAGCUGUGUCUCACUCGAUGAUGCCAUUCAUCUCUUGGUUAACGGUUCUGAAUCUGAUUCAGUGCUUCAAUUCCUUCAGCAAUGUUCACAAGAUUUACUCGACUCUGAAAUUACAAUCUCAGACAAUGGAGAAAACUGUCAAACAGGAGAACCAAUUGAGUCAAACGAUAUCCCAAUCCCAGUGUCGGAUGUCAGCACUCAAGACGACUAUACAGACUUUGAAUUCUCUCAAUACUUGAAGCUAAACACCAAACCCGUGAGUCCGAUGUCCUCUCAAAGCGAUUCUGGCUAUGAGUCGGACAAUUCACAUAUUGUUUUGUCUGACAAUAGCAUUGAUGUGACCACUGAUAUGCAAUGGAAGGAAACAAUAUC